GAUUCCGUCCAUAAUCACAGAUCGUGUUUGUUAGGGGGAUUAUAAAGGAUAAAGCGAUCUCACUUCUUUUCUUACACUAAUUAUUCUACAUCAAAUUUUUCCGAAAGACACGUCGGGCAUUUUUUAAUUUCAUGUUUUUGAUUUAGCCUCACGCGAGAAGUUAAUUUAAUUUUUUUCGGCUAGCUAAGCUAACCAACGUUUACCGCUGUGCUGUCAAAUCACUUCUUCCGUUAUCCAAAUCGCGUUUUAAGUUAAUUUCAAACUACAAGAACGGGUGGUAGGGUGACAAAACAUGACGAGUUUAGCCGGUAAGGUGUUUUGCAGGGUGGAGAAGAUGUGUCGCCACCUCCCCGUGGUCCUUAACACGUUCCUGGUUUUCUCCAUAACUGGAGAGGUGAGCUACCUGGUUUCGGUGGAGGCUCCGCUGGAGCCGGACCAGAAAAAGACUCAGUGGUCCUUCCGGUGGAAAUUAGUCCACCUGCUGGCCCAGUAUUUCAUGUUGGGAAACAUCUGCUGGAAUGCUCUGCUCUUUAUGAAAACCAGUCCCAGUAUCAAGGGAGUGUUCCUGGGAGGAGAAGUCCUGGGCCAAGGGUGGAGGUACUGUUAUACAUGCGAGACGCACACUCCUCCACGCUGCUCCCACUGCUACGACUGCAAUGUGUGUGUGCUGCGGCGGGAUCACCACUGUGUCUUUUUUGGCCAGUGCGUGGGCUUCCGCAAUUAUCGCUACUUCCUGAGCUGCCUGUUGUUCAUGUGGUCGGGGCUGCUGUAUGCCACCCUGAUGAAUGCAGAGGUCUUCAUUGUCAUAUUGAAGGAGGGUGUGACGGUGCACAGCAUCCUGCUGCUGCUCAUACCCUGGAUCAUGCUUGUUUCAGGCCAGGUCUCAGCGCGUGCCUUCGCCUUCGCCUUCAUCGCAGACACAUGCGUGGUCGGUUUCCUGCUGGUGUCUUCCUUCUUCUUCUUCCAUCUCUUCCUGCUGUUUCGCGGUCAGACCACCAGAGAGUGGUACUCGUCCCGCCGGCCCUACAGUCUGGGGCUCCUCAGCAACCUGCAUCAUACGCUGGGCCUGCGCUGGUACAUCUGCUGGCUCUGCCCGCUCAUCCCCUCGCCGCUGCCUGGAGAUGGGAUAAGCUUCCAGGUCACAGGGUCGCUGGAACCCUCGCGGUAACAGCUGCAGGUCUGAACAGGCUGUGUGUCGUUACUGUAGUGGUGGCGGUUAAUGUUAUCGGGAACAGCAGCAGGGGAACUCACCUCGGUUCAAGAAGAGGUAGCUUGGGGUGGGAAGAAGAUGGAAUUCUUUGUGGCUGUGUAAUAUGCUGGUGGGUGUAACUCGCUGCCAGUAUCUACUCUGUAGAUUCUGUGCUGAGACAAAGAAAUUAAGAGUCUCCUUUUGAUCUUAAAUGGUAAUCCGUACACUCAGCAAGGCUGGCCUCAGAAAUUAACACAGAAAUUGACUGUGUUCCUUUGGAGUACUGAGCACUGACAAUAUAUGUUUAAAAAGCGCACUGAAAUAAGAAUGUAUUUUGACUGUGAACAAUGAUUAAUUUUUCUCCUUGUUAAGAAGCACUCACCAUCUCUGACAGUGACUCCUCAGGCAGAGGGCCUUGUGAGAGUUGAUAAUGGCUGCUUUUUGGGUUUUCCCUACAUUGAAGCUGCCUAAAUCUUUAAGCUGCCUAAAUCUCAAGGUUAUACAAGUGUGGCUUACACUGUUAAUUAAUUACACCACAGGACUGUAAAAUACACUAUCAUUUGUCUCUAUUUUGCUGUUGCUUUGAGGAUACUGCAUCCACUCCUGAACUCAGGCUGAGUUUAUGAAACUAACCUUUUUAUUGGAUGUUGCUGUGGCAGGAGGAAUAGUGAGACACUAUGGAGGAGUGCUGCAAUGCUGUAUUUUAAUGUCUCCAAGACAACAUAUGAAUUAAAAAGGAAAGACAAAAUGGUACAAAUUAUGAAAUAUGACAAUUUAGGUUUACUAAAUACAGUAUUAAAUUUGUACGCUUAUGAUGUAUGAACAGUUUUUCUCCAUGUUUGAGAUUUCUGUCAGUACGGGACUCCAGCAGCGUCUGUGUCCUCGUUCUGUACAGUACACUUUACAUACUGUAUGUACAUCUUCCUGUUUUUGCAGAUGAUUAGUUUAUACAUUUGUUGAGACAAACACUUUCAAAUUGUCAUAGUUGAUGGGCAUAUUUUUUAUUUCUUUUUCCAUGAGGUGUCCCUGUAAUGGUUUGACAGUUUUGAGUGUACUUUAUCUUGUUUAGUGCUUCAGUUCAGAAUAUAAUGUAGAUCUGGGACAAUACUAACAUGUCAGUUUUACUUGAUGCCAAAUGAAAUUCCUUUAUUUCCCUGUAUUUAACUCUCUGGCACUUUUUCCAUUUCUAACUGUAAUUCUCCUGCCUUUAAGUGUACUGAAAAAUUACGAGCCUUUUUUUGUUUGUUUUGGUUUGUUUUUUGCUUCUACUGGUCACUAAAUUUUUUUUUUAUUAUAACCAAAAUUAUUGUUUACAGCUGAUAUUGUUUUACAGGAAAUAUAGUUUUAAUUGUUUGGUUGGGUGAUUAUUGGGUUUUGCCAUUUAAGAGUGUUUAAACAAAUUGCUUGAAGGGAGAUACUGGACCACUGAGAAAUGUUUAAUUUUAGUAUUGUAUUUUUGUUAAAGUAUUUUUGUUGAA